AUGCUCCCGGACCCAUCACCAGCAAUAGUUCCACCGAGAGUGUCUGAAUUGCGAUUGGAAUCGUAUGCACCGCUUACUCCUGAAGCUCUUGCUCCACCAGCGAAGACAAUUCUUGAAGUACUGCAAACACCAAGAAGACCAAUCAAGCCAUUAAACGGAAAGCAAAUGAUCAAAAUGGACGAGGAACGAGAAAAUCGCGCUCCAUAUUCUGUGCCAAGCAAGAGAAAGGGGUGUAAUCCAAAACAAGCACUACUCGUUGGUAAACAUCUAUCACAUGUGAAGGGCAUCCACUUUUGUGCAAGAUGUAGAGAGAAUGUUUCGAUCGAUGUGAACCGGCUGAUGACUGUCCAACUCUGUAACAACUGCAAAGUUUGUAUCGCUAAGUGA